UUCAUCAGACUAAGUAAAAUAUUUUGCUUGUUUUUUGGUGGUUUUUGGGGUACAUGAUGAGGUUACUCGGUUGCUGCUUGAAUUUACUUGCCUUGUGCGCUGUGGGUCAUGCGUUGAGCUUCACUGUAACUUCGCGCAUUUACAUGGAUGUGAAGCAGAAGAAGCAGUCGCUGGGCCGGAUUACAUUUGGUCUCUUUGGGCAGCUGGCGCCCAAGGCGGUGGCCAAUUUUCGACACAUCUGCCUGCGCGGCAUCAAUGGCAGCAGCUAUGUGGGCGCCACGUUUCAUCGGAUCGUGGAUCGCUUUCUGGUACAGGGCGGCGAUAUAAUCAGUGGCGAUGGCACUGGCUCCAUCAGCAUCUAUGGCGACUACUUUGAGGACGAGGACAAGGGGUUGAGCAUUGAGCACAAUCGACCCGGCUACCUGGGCAUGGCCAAUCGGGGACCCAACACGAAUGGCUGCCAGUUCUAUGUGACCACGGUGGGUGCGAAGUGGCUGGAUGGCAAGCACACGGUCUUUGGCAAAGUCUUGGAUGGCAUGGAUACCAUAUAUGCCAUAGAAGACGUGAAAACCGAUACGGAUGAUUUUCCCAUCGAUCCGGUGGUCAUAACCAACUGUGGAGAGCUGCCUACGGAGCAAUUUGAAUUCUAUCCGGACGACUUCAAUAUACUCGGCUGGAUCAAGGCGGCGGGCUUGCCCGUCACCAGCUCGUUUCUAGUGCUACUCAUAUUCCACUACUUUUUCCGUCAACUCAACAUGUAUUGCUAACGACCUGUGUGGCAAUUUUUUAUUCACUUAAUACUCAACUAGUUGCACAUUGUCUGUUUAUCGAUUACAAUAAAGCGAUAAAAAAAU